AUGGUUAGCACUCCAGGCGAAGUAGACACGCUCAAUGGUGAAGACCAUCGCUCCUUUGUCGACAUCCAGCAGGCGGAGGCAACGUUCAACGAGCUAUCGCGCCAGCUAACGGCGAGAUCAGCCAACGCCCUUUCACGCACUGGAUCUGCUGCGUCAACAGCGGACGUUAAUGGCCCACAGGAUCUAGAGAAAGGCGGUGAAGCUGGGGCUCCUUUUGAUUUGCGAGAGUACCUUUCGUCGUCGAAUGAUGCCAACCAACGAGCAGGAAUAAAACACAAACACGUCGGCGUGACUUGGGAAAAUUUGGAGGUCAACGUCAUUGGUGGUGCGGACAGCAAGUUUUAUGUAGGCACUUUUGGAGGGGCUGUCCUCGACUUUAUUAUGACACCUUUCGUUUGGAUAUGGGCUGCGCUGCUUACAAUUCUCCCGACCAAGCAUCUCCCAACUCGCACUAUUCUUCACAAAUCUUCUGGUGUAUUGAAACCAGGCGAGAUGUGCCUUGUACUUGGUUGUCCCGGCGCUGGAUGUACUACUUUCUUGAAGACCAUUGCCAAUCAAAGGUCGGAUUACGCAAGCGUUACAGGCGACGUUCAAUAUGCUGGUAUUAGCGCGGAGGAAAUGGCCAAAUAUUAUCGAGGAGAGGUUGUUUACAAUCAAGAAGACGACGUCCACAUUGCAACGCUCACCGUGGCUCAGACCUUGAGCUUUGCGCUCUCAACAAAAACGCCAGGACCGAAUGGACGUUUGCCUGGUAUCUCACGGAAAGAAUUUGACGAAUUGGUUCAAGAAACGUUAUUGAAGAUGCUGAAUAUCUCUCACACAUCUCAGACCUUGGUUGGUGAUGAAUAUGUUCGCGGUGUUUCUGGUGGAGAGCGUAAGCGUGUCAGUAUCGCCGAAAUGAUGGCCACUCGCGCCCGGGUCCAGUGCUGGGAUAACUCCACCCGUGGUUUGGAUGCUUCGACUGCCCUGGAUUUCUCCAAGAGUUUAAGGAUCAUGACGGAUAUCCUUGGCCAGACUACUUUCGUGAGCUUGUACCAAGCAGGAGAAGGUAUCUAUGAUUUAUUCGACAAGGUCAUGGUCAUCGACAAAGGACGUCAAGUUUUCUUCGGCGCACCCACCGAAGCUCGUGCCUAUUUUGAAAAUAUUGGCUACAAGUCUCUCCCUAGGCAAAGCACCGCUGACUACCUCACUGGUUGCACCGACCCCAAUGAACGUCAAUUCGCACCCGGACACUCCGUUGAAAACACACCAUCUUCUCCCGAAGCGCUCGAAGCCGCUUACUUCAAGUCAUCGUAUUACAAUGACCUUACGAGUUCGCUAGAAAAGUUCAAGAUUCACGUGGAAACUGAGAGGGAUGACCAAGAGGCUUUCCGUGCUGCAGUCUUGGACGAUAAAAAACGAGGGGUCUCCAAAAAGAGCCCUUAUACACUGGGAUUCACCGGACAAGUGCGAGCGCUGACUAUCCGUCAAUUCAAAAUGCGUUUGCAAGACAAAUUCCAGCUGUACACGAGUUUUGGAAUGACGACUAUUUUGGCCCUUGUUAUUGGUGGAGCAUACUUCAAUCUCCCUCCCGACGCUGGAGGCGCUUUCACGCGAGGUAGUGUGAUUUUUGCAAGUAUGUUGACAAUCUGUUUGGACGCUUUCAGUGAACUGCCUACUCAAAUGUUUGGUCGGCCCAUCCUCCGUAAACAGACUGGAUAUGGUUUAUACCGUCCCGCCGCCACUGCUAUAGGUAACACACUGGCAGAUAUUCCGUUUUCCGCCACUAGGGUCCUACUGUUUGAUAUCAUUGUGUACUUCAUGCCUCAUCUGUCACGGACGGCUGGUGGAUUCUGGACUUUCCAUUUGUUCAAUUAUGUUGCCUUCUUGACCAUGCAAGGCUUCUUCCGGACGUUUGGUUUGCUGUGUGCCAACUUCGAUACAGCUUUCCGAGUGGCGACGUUCUUCAUGCCUAACAUCAUUCAGUACACCGGCUACAUGAUUCCGUCUUUCAACAUGAAACGAUGGCUUUUCUGGAUUUACUAUAUUAAUCCCUUAUCAUACUCUUGGGCAGGGAGCAUGGAGAACGAGUUUAUGCGGAUUUCGAUGCUAUGUGAUGGAAGCUACGUGGUCCCUCGCAAUGGGCCUGGCAUGACUAAAUACCCUGACGUUGUCGGCCCUUAUCAAGCGUGCACGUUGUACGGUUCGUCAAGUGGAAGUAGUCAAAUCCCCGGUAGCUCGUACCUUGAUGCUGGAUAUGGUAUCGACGUCAAGGAUAUCUGGCGCCGUAAUCUGUUGGUCCUGAUUGGCUGGCUCAUCUUCUUCCAGGUGACGCAGCUCGUCUCGAUUGAGUACCUGCAGCCUGUUGUCCCUGGAACCUCAGCGAAUGUCUAUGCAAGGGAGAACGCAGAAACAAAGGAACGUAACGCUGUUCUUCGCGAGAAGAAAUCGAAGCGUGUGGGCAAGCAAGACGAAACUAAAGAGGAUAUGGAAGUUCCGAGUUCGAAGCCGGCUGCUUAUGCUCAUAGGAAAACGUUCACUUGGGAGGGCCUUAACUAUCACGUCCCGGUUCCAGGAGGCACGAGAAGGCUCCUACAUGACGUGUGUGGCUAUGUGAAACCAGGAACUUUGACUGCUCUCAUGGGUGCUUCCGGUGCUGGUAAAACUACCUGUUUGGAUGUCCUCGCUCAAAGGAAGAACAUUGGUGUCGUCUCUGGCGAUAUCCUUGUGGAAGGUCGCCCGAUUGACUCGGACUUUGCUCGAGGCACCGCUUACGCUGAACAAAUGGAUGUCCAUGAGGGUACUGCUACUGUUCGAGAGGCCAUGCGUUUUUCAGCCUACCUUCGUCAACCUGCUGAGGUUUCCAAGGCAGAAAAGGAUAACUACGUCGAGGAGGUGAUCGAGCUGCUGGAGUUGCAAGAUUUAUCCGAAGCCUUGGUCUUCAGUCUCAACGUCGAGGCUCGUAAACGGCUUACCAUCGGUGUUGAAUUGGCCAGCAAACCGGAACUACUUCUCUUCUUGGAUGAGCCAACCUCGGGUUUGGAUGCUCAGAGCGCCUGGAACUUGGUUCGAUUCCUCAGAAAACUGGCUGACCAAGGCCAGGCUAUCUUGUGUACGAUCCACCAGCCGUCUAGUUUACUUUUCGAGAGCUUCGACAGGCUGUUACUGUUGGAAAGAGGCGGAGAGACUGUCUACUUUGGUGACAUCGGCGCAGAUUCACAUAUCCUCAGAGAUUACUUCUCACGAAACGGAGCGGACUGUCCACCCAAUGUGAACCCCGCUGAAUACAUGUUGGAAGCCAUCGGUGCGGGUAUUACUCCUCGUGUUGGCCCUCGCGAUUGGAACGAUAUUUGGUUGGACUCUCCGGAGUACAAAACUGUCCGUGACGAGAUCACUACCAUCAAGCAGCAUGCGCUCUCGAUUCCUUUGCCCCCCAACACCAAGCACAGUACAUAUGCUACGUCGUUCUUGUUCCAGCUCAAGACGGUUGUCAAGCGGAACAAUAUCGCGCUGUGGAGAUCGCCUGAUUAUGUGUUCAGUCGGUUAUUCGUCCAUGCCUUCUUCUCGCUGUUCAUCUCGCUGUCCUUCCUGCAACUCGGUAAUAGUGUGCGUGACUUGCAAUAUCGAGUGUUCGGAAUUUUCUGGGUUGUCAUUUUACCUGCUAUCAUCAUGACGCAACUUGAGCCGUUGUUCAUUUUCAAUCGACGGGUUUUCAUACGAGAGGCAUCCAGUAAAAUCUAUUCACCUUACGUUUUCGCCAUCGCUCAACUUAUUGGCGAAAUUCCAUACUCCGUUUUGUGUGCUAUCGUUUACUGGGUUUUAAUGGUUUAUCCUAUGGGCUUUGGAAAAGGCGCCGCAGGUCUGAACGGCACUGGCUUCCAACUUAUGGUCAUCAUAUUCAUGGAGUUGUUCGGAGUCACACUGGGACAACUGAUGGCUUCCAUUUCGUCAAGCGUUCAAAUUGCCGUUCUCUUCACUCCUUUCAUUGGAGUCGUACUGAGUACCUUCUGUGGAGUCACGUUACCAUACCCCACUUUGAACUCUUUCUGGAGAUCCUGGUUGUAUCAGUUGGACCCAUAUACGCGCACCCUGGCCGCAAUGGUGUCUACAGAGCUUCAUGGUCUCGUUAUUGAGUGCCAGGCUGACGAGUUUACGAUAUUCACCCCACCCCCUGGUCAAACGUGUUCAGCUUGGGCUAGUGACUUCGUCACUGCGGUUGGUGGUUAUCUAGAUAAUCCAAAUGCCACUGAUAGCUGUCGUUACUGCGAAUAUUCUGUCGGAGACCAAUUUUUCCUUCCUUUGAAUAUUUCUUAUUCGAACCGUUGGAGAGACGCUUUCAUUCUUUUCGCCUUCUUCAUAUUCAACUUCAUUGUUACUAUCAUUGCCUCUCGUUUCCUUCGUUACGCCAAACGGUGAUUCGUCUACAAUCUGGUUCUUCCUCCUACAAGUUUGCUCUAUAUCACUAGAAACGUCAUUUGCGAAGCUACACUUAGAAGUGACGACCAGCAUGAUUCAUUGGACCUAGACUAAUCAAGCAAACGGGUGACUCAGUGACGACUGCUAUAUUUUAUCUCGGGAUUAUAGAUAUUCCCUGCAUUGUUUCGAUACGUAGACUGUUCUUCAAGGACGGGUUUAAUUAGAUGGUCUCAUCAGUAGUACCACUAUAUAAUAUUGCUUUCUAUGUGUAUCAUGUUUAUAACGUCUUGCGAAAUUGAUCAGAAUCAUGUUUAGUGUUUAUUCACUGCGUGAUUGUCGUUUUUU